AUGAAUCAUUCAAUCAGACAGACGGAGAUCAAUCGUUCAAUCAAACGGCCGGAGACCAAUUGUUCAAUCAAACGGCCGGAGACCAAUUGUUCAAUCAAACGGCCGGAGACGAAUCGUUCAAUCAAACGGCCGGAGACAAAUCGUUCAAUCAAACAGCCAGAGACGAAUCUUUCAAACAAACGGCCGGAGACAAAUCAUUCAAUCAGACGGCUGGAGAUGAAUCGUUCCUUUCCAAUCAACUUCUUCUGGAUCAAUCUCAGGAGACUCCCACCGGAACUCAGGUUUCCUCCCAGCCAACUCGACUUCGUUUAG